AUGACUAAAUUACAAUAUCUGAAUGUGUAUCUGACUGAGCGUCUCAUGCAAGCUGCUGGGGAAAUACUAAGAGUUGUAGCAGACACAAUAUCCGAGUACCAGGAAGAAAUAUCCCGGACAAAGAGAGAGAACAAAUACCUGAAACGACAACUGAACACACCGGUUCUAUCGCUGGCCCCUCAGCCCAUACUGUCUUGUGUCUCGGAGCAGCAAAGUCCACCUGAGCAGCAGUACUGUGAGGAGUCGAGCCCCAGUCUGGGCCAGGAGGACCUUGAGACCACACAGAUUAAAGAGGAACAGGGUGAACUCGGGACCAGUCAGGAGGAAGAGCAGCUUCAAGUACCGGAGUCUGAUACCAAAGAAGACUCCAUAUCUACUCUUCCCUGUGUGAAAAAUGAUGAGGACCGACCUCAGCCUUCACAUCUUUCCAGAACCGAAACUGUGGAGAACAGAGUCAGGGAGUCUCUACUGACCAACACAACUGGACAGAUCAAAACAGAACCUGAUGGCUAUGGAGUAUCACUAUCAGAACCAACCAGUGACUCCCCUCAGUCUCAGCCCGUCUCUGAAGUAAGUCCAGACUCUUCUAGAACACAAAGUCAGAACACUGAGAACACAGAAAGUGUUCCUAUUGUUCUGAGAGAUCUAGAAAGGAGACCAGAGGAGGAUACAGACACACACUCAUGUACUCAGUGUGGAGCUGUGUUCUGUGAGCUAUCCCAACUGGAGGCACACAUGCCAUCCCACACAGUACCACACAGUGGUGACACUAGUCACAGGCAAAUCAUGUGCACAGUCUGUUGGAAGUCAUUCACCUCUACCAGUUACCUCAAGGUCCACCAGCGUUCUCACACUAAGGAGAAGCCCUUUCACUGUGGUGUGUGUGGUAAGAGCUUCAGCUACUCAGGGAAGUUUAGGGAACACCAGCGGAUUCACACAGGAGAGAGACCUUACCGCUGCUACGUGUGUGGUAAACGCUUCAACCAGUCAGCCCACCUGAAGGCCCACCUGAGGGUACACACAGGGGAGAAACCCUACUCCUGUCCUGUCUGUGGGAAAGGAUUCAGUCAGUCUGGACAGAUCAAGGGACACCUCAGAACUCACAUCCAAGGGAGGUAG